CUCUUCGAACAAGUACGGAGGAAAGAGGGGGGUGAUUCAUCUCCCAAAAUUGAAAGUAGCAAAGUUCUUCGGAUAAGCCAUCAGAGAACCAAGAGGCAUUCUUAUCCAAUAGAUGAUUAAUUUCUGAAGUUUGCUUGUUACAUACAGGUUAAGCGGUGUUCCUAGGAGUUUUUUUUUGGGUCUGAGGAAUCCUUGCAAAGUUAGCUUUGAGGUAUUUGUCUUCAUAGAUGAUGGAUCCAAUGAGAUCCUUGCUUGGGAGAGUGCUAUUAGAAGAAAUAACCCCUGUUGUCAUGGUUCUUUCUACUCCUCUUGCUGAAGAAGCUUGCAGAAAAAAUGGUCUAAAUUUUGUUGAAAUGCUGCUCCCAUUCUCUGUUUUCAACAAAAUAGAUGUACCUGUUCGUACAGCAAGUGAUCAACCCUAUAGACUGCAAAUGUUUAAGCUUCGAUUAGUUUAUGCUUCUGACAUACGCCAGCAAGAUUACAAGGUUGCAGAAAAUCAUUUGAAGCAGUUAGUGAGCGAUGCAGCCAAUGCAGCGCUUUCUGAUUUGCAAUCUGAGCUUCCACAACUUGAAACUAUCCUCAGUGAAACUGAGUUGAACUUCUGCCCAUCCUGGAUUCAGACCUUCAAUAAAGAGCUGAGAAAGUCUGUUUCUUUCUCUGAGCACGAAGCUUUUGAUCACCCUGUAGCAUGCCUUUUCGUUGUCUCAUCUAAUGAUGCACAGCCGAUCAAUAGAUUUGUUGAUCUAUUCAACACAGACCAGUUGCCAUCUCUUCUAAAUGACGGUGUUAUGGAUCCCAAAAUUUUGAAGCAAUAUUUGUUACUCCAUGAAAACCAUGACGGAACAAUGGAUAGGGCUACUGGCAUUUUAGCUGAAAUGAAGAGUACAUUUGGGUCAAUUGACUGUAGACUAUUGUGCAUUAAUUCUUCUGAUGGUGGAGAUGGUGAAUUAAAAGAUAAUCCUUGGCUAAAUGUUAAAGCACAUUUGUCAGCUAGCCAUGAAAUUGGUUCUUUUCUUAACAUUGAUGAUCUUAUUGAGAUAAAAGAAUUUAUGCAAGAGUUAUCUUCAAAACACAUAAUUCCAUACAUGGAACAGAAAAUACGUUUUCUCAAUCAGCAGGUUUCUGCAACUAGGAAGGGCUUUCGAAACCAAAUUAAAAAUCUGUGGUGGAGGAAAGGAAAAGAAGAUGCACCUGAAACUACUAGUGGACAGAUGUAUACAUUUAGCUCUAUGGAGUCUCAAAUCAGAGUCUUGGGUGACUAUGCCUUUAUUUUGCGUGACUAUGAGCUUGCUUUGUCAAAUUACCGGUUACUUUCUACAGAUUACAAGCUUGAUAAAGCCUGGAAACGCUAUGCUGGUGUACAGGAAAUGAUGGGACUUGCGUACUUUAUGCUAGAUCAAUCAAGGAAGGAUUCAGAGACUUGCAUGGAAACUGCUUUUAACACCUACUUGAAACUUGUGCCUUCAGCUCAGAGAAAUGCUACAAGAUGUGGGCUCUGGUGGGCAGAAAUUCUGAAGGCUAGGGGCCAAUAUAAAGAGGCAGCUGGCAUUUAUUUUCGCAUUUCUAGUGAGGAACCACCGCUACAUGCAGCUGUAAUGCUUGAGCAGGCUUCAUACAGCUAUUUAUUUUCUAGACCACCUAUGUUGCGCAAGUAUGGUUUUCAUCUUAUACUUGCCGGUAAUCGUUACUAUGUUUCUGAUCAGAGACCACAUGCACUUCGAACAUAUAGAAACGCUCUCUUAGUUUACGGAGGAAUUCCUUGGAAUUUUAUUCUUGACCAUGUUCAUUACAAUAUUGGAAGGUGGUAUGCUUUUGUUGGAGUAUUUGAUGUGUCUGUGAAGCACAUGUUGGAGAUUCUUGCAUGCAGCCAUCAGUCAGCGACAACGCAACAUUUAUUCCUGGGGAACUUCUUCGAAACUGUCGAGAAUAUGGGGAAGAUAUUUGAAGUUAACAAGCUUCAGCUUCCUGUUGUAAAUAUGUCAUCCAUCCAAGUUAUUUUUGAAGAUCACCGGACUUAUGCAUCAUUUGCAGAUCUUAAUGUGAAUGAAAACUUGUGGAAAUCAUUGGAGGAGGAAAUGGUUCCAUUGGCGUCUACUAUUAAAUCGAAUUGGCUUGAAUCACAGUCAAAGUUGUCCUUAAAAAAGUAUGAUGACUCUCAUGUUUGUGUUGUUGGAGAAGCAAUAAAACUCGAUAUUGAGUUCAGAAAUCCUCUUCAGAUUCCAAUUUCUGUUUCCAGCCUUUCUCUUAUUUGUGAUAUCUGUGAAAAAUCUAAAGAGGCAAAGAUUGAUGGAGGUACAUCUUCUUUUGGAUUCAAUGAUAUUGAAGAACUUAAGGAGGCUCCUAGUUGUAGAAGUAGAAUUGGUGAUGUUUCAAAUCUUGUCCUAUCAGAGUUUGAUCUGGUUCUUGGUGGAGGUGAGGCUAAAAGGAUACAACUUGAUGCUACGCCAAAAAUAGAAGGAGUGCUGAAAGUACUUGGAGUUAGAUGGAAGUUAUCUGAACUUGUUGUUGGAUAUCAUUACUUUGAGCCUAAUAUGAAAAUGAAACAUAAGAAAGGAAAACGAGUAGCCAGGAAUUCUUCUGGGGGAAUUCUUAAUUUUAUUGUCAUCAAGGGUCUGCCAAAACUUGAAGGAUGCAUCCACAACUUGCCUGGAACUACAUUUGCAGGUGAUUUUAGGCUUCUUAGGAUGGAGCUCAGAAAUCAAUCAGAAUACUCUGUUAAGAACAUGAGAAUGGCAAUCAGUCAUCCGAGAUUCUUGAGUCCAGGGAAUUUGGAAGACUUUAACAUGGAUUUUCCAUGCUAUCUUGAAAAGCAGAAAUUUUCAAAAAGUAUGGAAGCUCCGGCUAAUGCUCAGAAGUUUAAGAACCUUUUGUUUUAUUUCCCCAAUGAUGUGACUAUAGAAGGAGGAGCUGCAUUUUAUUGGCCUCUCUGGUUUCACGCUAGUUUUUCUGGAAAGAUUUCCUUAUAUCUAUCUGUAUAUUACGAAAUUGAAAGUUGUUCUAGUGACAUGAUCUAUAGGACAUUGCGUAUGCAUUAUGAUUUGGAGGUUUUGCCAUCAUUAGAUUUAUCAAUCCAUAUAGCUCCAUGUCCAUCAAAGUUACAGGAGUUCCUUAUGCGGAUGGAUAUCAUGAACAGGACAAGUACAGAGAGUUUCUCUAUGCAACAGUUGUCAUGUGUUGGCGAUGAGUUGGGUAUUUCAAGGCUGCCUGCAAAUGAAACUAUUAGCCCUUUAAAGGUUUUACAUGCUGGUCAAGCUUUAUCUUGCUUCUUUAAGCUGAAGGAUUGUAGUAAAAGCUUUGAAUAUGAAACUGGGCUUGCCUUUCAUGGAAAAGAUGAAAAGUUGGAUGCUCAGGGCAACGGAAAAGUUCUGAUUGAUGUAUCCAGAUCACCUUUUCUGGAGUUUCACCAACAAGAAAGAUAUCACCAAGGAAAAACUGCCGAGGGAGGUAUUAGCAACAUCGACUUCAUCCUGAUUUCGGAGCUCCAUGAUAGCAGUUCUACAGGAUUACACCCAAGCAUUUUAUCCUUUCAUGCAUGUCACUGCAGCAUCACUAACGAGAUACCUUUAUGGUGGCUUAUGGAGGGACCUCGAGUGAUGAGCCAUGAUUUCUCUGUUUCCUUCUGUGAGAUUGAUCUUGAAUUAACAAUCUGCAACUGUCUGAACGCUGAAGUUUCCAUUAGAAUCAUCACCCAUGAUUUCAUGCCCGAAACAAAGCUUUCAGAUUAUCUAAUUUCUGAUUCUAACACCAAUCAAGGAGGGUGGCAUAAUGUAUCUUUAGCGAAUGACAUAAAAGAGAUCUCAAAUGUUCAAUCUGAGAAGUUAUCCUCAUCAUCUUCACAAAGCAUUUCUCCCUUUAUUUGGUGUGCAGCAAGCUCUACUUCAGUCAAGAUGCAACCUUUAUCUACUGCUAAUGUUCCUCUCAGAAUCUGUAUUUUCUCACCUGGGACAUUUGAUCUAUCGAGUUAUGAAUUGCACUGGAAUGUACAGUCAUCCAGUCGGUCUGACAAAGGGCGGCCCGGCGACGAUGCGACGAGAAGUUCAUCUGGUAUGAGCCGAGGACAUCCAUUCUACCUUACUGUAAUGCAAUCUCACUAAGAUCUGUAGAUAUGUUUGUCAGUGACCAGUUUGUUAUUUCUUUAUAAAUGAGUGAUAGUAGUCAAGUGCUUUUGUAAAGUAUGGGUUGGUGAGCUUCAGAAAUUUUGUGAAUCGCUCAUCCUUUCUAUGGUUUUUAUAAUAAAAAAAAUAUGAGCAUGCAGAAAGAAUGUAGGUGGAGAAAGAAUGAAGAAUGAAAUUAGAAAUGUUAAUGUAAAAAA